AAGGGAGGUUAUAAAAACACCCACACUCGUCCUUUUCAACCACCUUCCACGCACAAACUAUCAGUCGUAUUUCCCCCUUGACGUCCUCUGCGGCUUUCGAAGCUGUGGGUCAAGCAACGACGCUAACACUGGAGCUAUAAAAAUUAACAACGGGGGCUCCCGUUUAAAGCGCCGCACCAAGCUGACCAGCUAGCGCAGUGUGAUCACUUGCGUCUCUCUCUGAAACGAUUUUGUUUGUUUCGGAGAAGUGCAAAUUGAUUCAAAAACCACUGCCGCCGCAUAUCCUGAUCGGAACCCCCCCCCACACACCAAAUCGAAGCAAAAAUGGUGCAAAAUAAGAUCGCCGAAGUCACUGGAUUCCACCGCUCCUUCAAGGGGCAAAAUCCCUUUGAAUCGGAGGACUUCACUAAAAAUGGAUCCCAUCUUAUCGAUUCAUCAUUUAAUUUUGAUUCCUCCCCCAGACAUGACAUGCCUUCCAGUCAGCCUAUUGACAUCCCCGAUGCCAAGAAGAGAAACAAGAAGAAAAAGCGUUGCCGGGCAACUGACAGUUUCUCUGGAAGAUUCGAGGAUGUCUACAGACUGCAGGAAGAGGUCUUGGGAGAGGGCGCUUAUGCCAGAGUGCAAACAUGCAUUAACCUCAUCACCAAUAAAGAGUAUGCUGUAAAGAUAAUCGAGAAAAGGCCGGGUCACAGCCGCAGUCGUGUCUUCCGUGAGGUUGAGAUGCUCUACCAGUGCCAGGGCCAUAGAAACAUCCUGGAGCUGGUGGAGUUUUUUGAAGAGGAAGACAAAUUCUACCUGGUGUUUGAGAAGCUCAGAGGAGGGUCAAUCUUGGAACACAUUCACAAGAGACAGCACUUCAGUGAGCAGGAGGCCUGUCUCGUGGUGCAGGACAUUGCCAGUGCUCUAGAUUUCCUUCAUAACAAGGGAAUGGCACAUAGAGACCUGAAACCUGAAAACAUUCUCUGUGAGAGUGCACACAAGAUAUGCCCGGUCAAGAUCUGUGACUUUGACUUAGGCAGUGGGAUCAAGCUGAACAGUGACAGCUCACCCAUCUCCACCCCUGAGCUCCUCACUCCCUGCGGCUCAGCAGAGUACAUGGCACCUGAGGUAGUUGAGGCCUUCAGUGAAGAAGCUACAAUUUACGACAAGCGCUGUGACCUGUGGAGUCUUGGAGUCAUUCUGUACAUCAUGCUAAGUGGAUAUCCUCCGUUUGUAGGCCGCUGUGGUGGCGACUGUGGCUGGGAAUUGGGUGAACCCUGCCACACCUGCCAGAACACUUUAUUUGAGAGCAUCCAGGAAGGAAAAUACGAGUUUCCGGAAAAAGACUGGGCUCACAUCUCCUCAAGUGCCAAAGACCUGAUAUCCAAACUUCUGGUUCGGGAUGCCAAAAGCCGUCUGAGUGCCAGUCAGGUGCUGCAGCACCCCUGGGUGCUGGGGGGAGCAUCUGACACUUUGCCAACAUCCAUCUUACAUCAGAGAACCAGCAGUGCCAGGGAUCUUACAGUUUUUGCAGAUAAGGCCAUGGCUGUGAACCGGCAGCUGGCUGAACAGGAUGGCAUGGAAGAGCAGCAGCAGCAGGAAGUCCAAUUUUUUGUUACCGCUUCUGGCUCAUCUAUGCGCCUCUCUCCUCCUUCCAACUCCAAGCUGGCCAAGCGCAGGCAGCGAAGCAGCCAGCCGAAGGCUGGGCCCGUCUCCGCCACGGAGCUUUGUCAGCUCUUGGCCCCCCUCGUCAUCGUGGGAGACUGUGCCUGAACUUUCCUGACCUUCCGUUACGAUUCAAGUCCUGUUCCACGACUGCCCUGAGACUCUUCCUCCUCAGUUCUGGCCCCUCUCUGGCCUCGGUCCCUCUGCUAUUCAGGUUCUCUCGCCAGCUGUAAAGGGAGAUGCUGCCUGCAGCCCUUCCUCUAAAUGCCUUCUGCCCUUCUCCAGCACUUCUGAAGCACAUCAGCACAGGGCCUGCAUAUAGCAAACACAACUAUGUGCACUUCCAGGUUGGGGAGGAGGGCCAGUUAAUGACUUGUUGGACAGCAAAGUAUUUUCUAAGUUAUGUUGGUUUUUUGUUUGUUUGUUUAUUUUCCUCAUACAACUCAGUUCAGAAGAAAUGCGAACAUAGAUCUUCGAAACUAAGCUCAGACACCAAAGGACAACCUGUUGUGCUGCUCCCACGUUACAACUGGAUCCACUGUGAAUUAAGUUAUCUGGAAUGUUUUUUGCCUGUAUGUAUAUGCAUGAAUGGCCCAUCUGCACAUACGUACAAGCUUAUGCAAUAUGCCGAGAUGAAGGCUGUUCCUGUCUUGAAAGGAUUCAGUGUAAUAAGGGUUGGAAGGGCUGUAAGCCAAUGCUGUCCGUGCCUGAGGCGCGGACCGUUGGCUGGAGACUCUUCAAAGUCUUCUUUUUUUUCUUUUUUUUUUUUUUUGUUCCCCUCCGUGUAAGAUGAACUCUUUACAGUCGACUCUUGUGUAAAUGUCUGAGAUGCGCACUUAUGCAGCUCGGUGGCCGUGCACUUAGUGCUCAGAGGCCAACGGCUGUUUGUACCUGACCAGCUACGACUUGCCGCUGCAUCAGUUGAUGCGGUUUUUCCUUUUCUUCCAAAUUUAAUCUAAAACUAGUGAAUUAAUUUGACUUGGUCAUGCUUGAUGGCCGCCUGGGAGGGGGGAGGGGCCAAAGCUCGUGGCUUGUAUAUCUGGCUUAUUUGUACAGGCUAAUUAUACAGUACUUAAAAUGGCUACGCAAGUGAACUGGGUCAGUGUUACUUUCAUUGUAAAGAAUUUGACGUCCCCUUGCUACAAUUUGUAUUUUUUUUUUUUUUUAUACAUAAUUUUUUUUUCUACAGAUCAAUUUAUGGAUUUAACUUUAAAUAUUUUGGCAGUAAAAGUUUAAACUCCUGUGAAGGGGUUGAAAAGCACAUUUUGCCCGAUGUGAUCAGACUGUCAUUUGUUGAUCAGAUUUAUUUGGACCAUCAUCUUCGUCCUCCUCAUCCUUCAAGGUGUCAACGUUGUCUCUAACGACACGCCGCCCCUCCCAGAAUGACGUCACAAAUUUUCUUUGAAAGUUGGAGGCAGAGGGGAAAAAAUAAAAUAAACACAAAAAGGAAAAACAUUCCACAAAAAGACAAAAAAAACUUCAGACAUUUAGCUGUAUAAAGUUUACUUUUUGAAAGUUUGAAAACUCCAUGUCAAUGUGCCACACUGAUUUUGAUUUUUGUUGUUUGUUUUUUGUUUUGUAUGGCUGUUAAUAAGCUUUUUUUUUUUUUUUGUUUUUGUUUUUUGUUUUUCCCCCAUGCAGGUGCUGUUCAGUUCAGGUGAAACACCCGAUGUUUUCCUUUGUUGUUUUUUAAUGUUUGUUUUGUUUUUGAGUUUUUAAAGUUGAGUAUGUGGUGUAUGAGGUAAAAAUGGAGAAAGUUUAAGUUGAGCUGGAGCGUUCGUGCCCAGUGAAGGCAAGUUUUUAAGUUUUAUAUAUAUAUAUAUAUAUUUUUUUUUUUUUUUUAUAUGUGAGCAGGGUGGGGAAUUGGCACCAGCACCAAUGUGGUAAAACAUGAAAGUGGCUGGUACAUUUCAGACACAGAAAGAAAAAACUAGUAUGAAGUUGCUGGUGAAUUUGGAGCAGUUAUCCAUGAGUGGCUGGUACAUGUUCAUUUUUUUCCCACUCUGUGUUGGCAAUAAUCUUUCUUUGUUGUUAAUUAGAUUAAGUUAAAGCUCAUUCUGAAACUGACAGGUAAUGGACUGGCGAUGACGUCUCUCAGCACUGUAGCCAUUUCACCAAAGAGGGUUCAAGUCAUGACAUUGAAACAUAUGAUCCACGACCUAGCAGUGAUAAGUGGGGAACUUCUGAUUGUCCGUGUCCUGUUGGCAGCACUGCAGCGACGGUACUCUGGAAAUGGUGUCAGAUGACCCGUUAUUCUGAUAAUAGGACACUGUAAUAGUUCUAAGAAUACCUUUCUACAGAUGCAUAGUUAUGAGGGUUUAUGUCUUAUAAUAAGACUUACUUGAAUAUGUGUAUGCAGCUGUUUCUUCAUUUUGGAAACUACUUUGCUUAUUGGUAAUCUGAAAGCAUUAAGCUAAUGAUCAAGGCAAUCUUUGUGGGGUGGGGUGGGAGGGGAGGGGGUUGAAAAUAUACAGAUCAGUAUUCUGCCUUUUUCUGGGGGGGGUCUUCACACAACUGAGUUUGUCCCUGUCUUUGAAUGGGCACUCAAAACGCACACUGUGGCCAUACUCUGUAAUAUCCCGACCAGUACAGUAAGGGUUUUCUGGGUCAUGACCAUUUCUACUAUGUCGAAUGGCAGUAGCUUUUGUUUUCUUUCAACUGCCUUUUAUUGGGAGAAAGAGGACAAAGUGAUUUCCUUCAGCCUUUUUUUUUUUUUUUUUUUUUUGGUAUGUUGUCGCUGACGUCAACUGUUAAAAUUCAGUCAUUCGAAUGGAUAGUACCAUCAGUCUCCCCACAAUCUGAAUGUAGCCUGCAGGUGAAAGCAUUUAAGGCAGAUCAGACCAUUUAAAUGGUUCCUUCUCAUGAGCACAGUGUGCCAGUCAGAUACAGUCCAGGCUUUGGGUUGACACCUGAUUUUUAACACUGUCUGAAUCGCCUCCGACACCAUUGUGUUCAUGGGAAGUGGCUUCAAACGAAUACAUCCUGUAGUACAA